AGCUUGGUGUCGUUCUCGCAGCUGCAAAAGCAGAUCAUCGACCUUGCCGCCACCCACUUCAAACACCUCCCCGUACGCCCACCUCACGAGGAUCUGGCUCAGGUGCCGCACAACCUUCCAUCCUUCUUGGGCGACACUCCAGCCUCCAGACAAGUUCGUGCUGCAUACAUCGCACACACAGUCUCAAAGCUGAUCACAUAUCGUGUCUUCGGACCCUUCCUGUUCAGCCUGGGCCGCCGUUAUGAUAAGGCUGAUUCCUUAUUCCUGUCUAUGAGCAACCACAUCCGCGAUAAGAGUACCAGGAAAGAGGCUAUCUGGCGUCAACAGACACUCCUGGCUGCAUUCACGAGCAGCGGAGCAAAGCAACGUAUCAAUACUGCUGCUGGCACAGUCGUCGAAGAGAUCGUGAACGCGAUCAAGCACUUCGCUGAUCCCAGGGAAGAAGAAGGUAUCAAAAUCGCUGUCAAGAGAAUUGUCAAACUCGCUGCUGAGACGUGGCGUUUUGCCCGUCUUGAGCGCGAGAUGAUCACGGCUACCAUGCCAGCUCUUUAUGAUGAAGAGCAUCAGUUCACUGGUGCCGAGUACUGGCAUGCUUACGAGAGCACUCACAAGCCUGAUGGCACUUUGAUAGGUUCCCUAGUCGAUACCACACACCCGUCCGACGCGCAGCCGACACUACUGUUGAGGCUAUUUCCUGUCAUUUACCGCGAAGCGAAACAUGAGAAUUUCCACGCGAACGGCGAGAAGAACGAUGAAGGUUGCAUCUACCACCACGGUAUGGCUCUGUACGACGACGCAGAGCCAGUAGUCACAAGGGCGGAGGAGCUCAAAUCAGCCGGUUUGCCAUCCUUCACCACUGCUUCUCCGACGAAUGCUGAACUUGGGAAGUUUCCGCCGCCUAUGGUUCCUCCACCCAGAAACCCUCUCCCACCCACACCGGCUAUGUCUGAGAAGACAACAUCGAUACGAACCAAAUCACCACCACCAUCUCCACUUGAGGGAUCUGAUAAAUCACCUAGAAGACGAAGGACACCACCUCCGCCUCCCUCGUCGAUCGCUGCUCUCAAUGAGCCUACACCUAGGCCUGUGCGUGCAUACCAACGUCCUCCACCCGGACCUAUCGAUUUUGCGACCCCGCGCAACAUCAUUGGUAUGCCGCCUCCCGUCGAGAGCAUAUUUACUCAGGCUCCCUCGAAGGUCUCGAAGGCUCCGCCCGAUUCGGUGUUCGUGGAGACAGGACGCUUGCUUGCAGAGACUGCGCCUAUCCCUGAAUCAAUGGAAGAGUUGCCUGAACCCACACCACAAGAUAGCGAGACGUUGCCUGUGUUCUUAGAACAUGAACCUCCAACGCCACCACACUCUCGUUCCAGUACACCGCCGCGUCCUGCCUCUCCGCUGUUCGAGGCCUUCGAUGAGAUCGAGUCGCUGCAAUCACAUCGCAUUCAGCCGUCACUAAGGCGCCGCCGCUCCACGCGUACCCGCAACACCGAAGAUGAGCUUCCAGAUAUCAUACCCCGCCCAGAAACCCUGCGGCGGACUAGUGGCUAUGCAUUGAGCAAUCGAACCCUGAAGAGCGAGCGCAGCGAGCGAACCGAGCGAUCUGGGAAAUCUGAGCGCACCGAACGCACUGAGAAACCAGACCUGAAGACCCGCUAUAUGUGCGAGAGCCGGAGCGCUGGAGUCAAAGCAUUGUACCCAAACAGCCCGAUGUCGAUGCAGAACGGCAAAGCCUUCAAGGAUGCCAUGCAAGCCAAGAGAAGCUCAAAGGACUCGAUGCGUGCCGAUAGCCACCAGAAGUGGCUGAAGGAGCAGCGAAAGCAAAGUCCUGAGAAGCAUGGAAGGUCCGAAAAAUCCGAACGGUUUGAGAAACCUGAGCGAUCUGAACGACCGGAGAGAUCUGAGAGAAGCUCGAGAGAGCUACGACGUGAGAAGAGUAUGAAGAGUAUCGCUGAGACUAUCCCUGACAACGGGACUUGGGAUACCAACUCUACGCUCUCCAGUCUGGAG